CUCACAAGCAUGCAAGACCCAGCAGGACCAAGAGUCUGAGAGCAGCCCCAGACCCACUGAUGCUGAGGGUAAAGUGCUGACAGCUGUUCUCAGCUGUAAACAAAUGCAGCUCUGUGGUUUUGGAGAAAGCCAGCUUAUAUAUGACCUGCCGCGGAUCACUCCCACAUAAUGACAUUCUCUCUCAAACUGCAUGCGUGUCCAUUCAGGAGUGUGUUUAUGACAGAUAUCAUGUAUUUCCAGGGAUUCCAGGCCGACUGGGUUAAAUGGUAACAAAGCAGUGCUGCCGGACUGAAGUCUACAUUAUAAUCCAUGCACACAAAAGUUAUGGGAUGUGUCUGCUGGGGUGUAAUGUCAUGUAAUUAACGGUUGUGUGUGUGUGUGUGUGUCCUGCAGUGUGGGGUUACUCAGUUUUGAGUGUGACUCUGGUUAGUGCGUUCGCUUUGACUGGUGUGUUUGUGGUGCCCCUGAUGAGGACGCGGUUCAUGCGCAGAAUACUCGUCUAUUUCAUCGCUCUGUCCAUUGGAACAUUGUUGUCCACCGCCAUCCUGCAGCUCCUGCCUGAGGCCUUUGGAUUUGACCCCAUGGAAGAUUAUUAUGUGCCCAAGUCUGCUGUCGUGUUUGGAGGAUUCUACCUGUUCUUCUUUACAGAGAAAAUCCUGAAGAUGAUCUUAAAGCCAAAGGACAGGGGGGGGCAUGGCCACGGCCACAGUCACUUUCCUUCAGAGCGCUAUGCCAACUCUAAUGGUGACUUGGAAGAUGGUGUGAUGGAGAAACUGCAGAAUGGAGAGGCUGGAGAAGCAUCUUUACCCAGAGUGGAAAGUGAUGCCAGAGGGCUUGGAGAAGAUGACAAAAUGAUCAGCGCUGGGCAGACAGUACAGGACUCUCAGAGUUCAGGUGGUGCUGGAACGGGUGGAUGUUAUUGGCUUAAAGGCAGGGCAUACUCUGACAUCGGUACUCUGGCAUGGAUGAUCACUUUGAGCGACGGUCUGCAUAAUUUCAUUGAUGGUUUGGCUAUCGGAGCCUCCUUCACUGCUUCUGUGUUUCAGGGCAUCAGUACAUCAGUGGCAAUUCUGUGUGAGGAGUUUCCACAUGAGUUGGGUGAUUUUGUAAUCCUGCUAAACGCUGGCAUGAGCAUCCAGCAGGCACUCUUCUUUAACUUCCUGUCAGCGUGCUGCUGUUAUCUGGGCAUGGGCUUCGGAAUCCUGGCUGGGAACAAUUUCUCUCCUAACUGGAUCUUUGCUCUAGCCGGAGGCAUGUUCCUCUACAUUGCACUGGCUGAUAUGUUUCCUGAGAUGAAUGAGGUGAGUCGUGAAGAAGAGGAGGCCGGAGGAAGUGGAUCUCUGCUAACUUUUGCCAUCCAGAACGCAGGGCUGCUCACUGGGUUUGGCAUCAUGCUUGUACUUACCAUUUACUCUGGACAGAUACAGCUUGGAUAGCAGAGGACCUAAAUACAAACUCAGACACUAAAGGACUUAUCUCAGCACCUGGACUAAAACCUGAGACCUACUGGGACCUCCAGACUUUAAUAUGAGCCAGCUGUGCUGGCUUGUUUUAAAACGUUUGCCCAGCUGGACUAGGUCAUGACAUAAAUUGAAAUGUUUUGGGCAUAGUUUGGGCUCAGAGUAAACCCUGGACUGUUUAAACGAGGCUAGAAUUGACUGACCCGUGAACUUUGCUUUAGAUUCAUCCAAAACCUGGGACCUGUUGAUGGAUGUGGUACCAUUCAUCUAGUUUAGGCCUUCUCUGGUUCCUUCGCCUCAGCUUUAGGACACAGUGAUGUCUCUGUACCGUGUGGAUUCUCGUUCCCCAACAUAUACAUCUGGGCAUUUUUGUAUUGAUUUCUAAUGUUCUCAUUAUUUAAUUUUUAUUGUGUUUUUCAACAAAAUGUCUCUUUCCCUCAGAGAUGGGCCUUUCUCGUAAUCCUGACCAUGAGAUUUAGAGUAUUGUCCACUAACUGAUGAGUAACAUAUGGGAUGAAACUUGACUCGUUUUACUGACAUUUAAAGCGACAUUUAAAGAUGUAAAGCGCUUUGGGUGUAGAGCGAUACACAAUAAAGCGCUAUAUAAAUGCAUCAUUCAUUCAUUCAUUCAUUUAGUCAAAUGUAGGUUGUUUCCUAUGCUUCAUACCAAAUGUUUAUUCAAAAGAAAAAAUCUAAACCAUUAAAACAAAAUAAUACCCCUAGGUUUUUCCAAUGCUUAGGGACAAGACAUAGAUACAGUCUCACUAGUUAGCUGGCAUUCAUAAUUCUGCUAAACUGAACGUCAUGUAGGUCACUUUAAUCAAAGGUUACUGUGCACUGUUGCACAAGUAGGUUUAAGUUUAGAUACAAUACAGCGUCUGUUCACAGAUUGAUCGUUAUUUAAUUUUUCCCCUCAAUGUCAUUCCGUAAUGGCAAGCAAAAACAGUAAACGCUUGAAACAAAAAGGCACUAAUUCUUUUUUUAUUGAAGGUUUUUAUUUUACCUCUUUAACAAAAAAGCAGAGACCAAGGUUCUUCUAGAAAAAUGUCUUCUAACUUUUAUCUUUUCAUUUACAUGACCAGAAUAAGUGGCGCAUAUUUUCACAAACACCCUCCUAUUAUUUGUACUUUGUAUAACUUUGCGUAUUAAUUGACAGAGAAAAAUGAACACACCAACCUCAAUUAGUUAUAAUUGCCUUUAAUUAUUAUGAUAAUUACUCUUACAAAACUCUAUAAAACACCUAUUUUCCACAUGCUUUUGUUUGAUCUGAAUGCCGUACUCUUCAUAAUUUAAGAAAUAAUUAGGAAAUGUAGGCAAAAUGUGUGCAUAAAGGUGUUGUAGUGUUUCUGUAAUAAUAUGAUCAUUCCUCUACAUAUAGCACUGCAGCACAAUACUUAGAGCUCUUUGCUAACUUAGCAUCUAGACUGACAGAAAUCAUUUUGAAUAUCGUUGGAUUUAAAGCUGAAGUGUGUAAUUUCUAAGGCACUAGUUUAGUCAAAUGUUAUUGCAAAAUGCAGACUGUUUUGAAAUAGAUUGCCUGACUGCUACCAUUGGUUGCCAUCCCAAACUCACGCUAUUUGUUGAGCCAGUCUAAAAUAUUUUUUUUCAAAUUCAGUGUUUAAACCUUUAGGGAUAAAAUCACCCAACAAAUGACUUGCUUAUAAAAUGUAUGUCUGCUUAUUAAGAUG